UCCUAUACUGCCGUAGUUUUCUUUUGCAACUCUCUCUCUCUCUCUCUCUCUCUCUCUCUCUCUCUCCAUAUUCAGUACUUCACUCUCUCACUUCACUUCCCCAACCAUACAAUGAUACCACUCUCCCCUCCUCUCUCUGUCCUCCCUCUCCUCUCUCUCCUCCUCCUCCUCACAUUCAGUCACUCCACCCCCGAUUACCUCAAACUCCCAUUACUCCACCGCACCCCUCUCCCAUCUCCCUCCCAAUCCCUCUCCUCCGACUCCCUCCGCCUCUCCACCCUCCACCACCACCACCACCACCAGUACCACCACCACCACCGUAACACCAACAAAACCACCCCCACUCUCCCCCUCAACUCCGGCGCCUCUACCGGCUCCGGCCAAUACUUCAUCCACCUCCUCCUCGGUUCCCCUCCCCAACCCCUCCUCCUCAUCGCCGACACCGGCUCCGACCUCGUCUGGGUCACCUGCUCCCCAUGCCGCCGCAACUGCACCCACGCGCCGCCUAGCUCAACCAGCUUCUUCCCCCGCCUCUCCUCCUCCUUCUCCCCCCACCACUGUUUCGACUCGGCGUGUGAACUCAUCCCCCACCCGAGUCACACUCGCUGCCCCCGCACCCGCCUCCAUUCGCCCUGCCGCUACCGCUACUCCUACGCCGAUGGCUCGAUCACCUCCGGAUUCUUCUCCCAAGAAACGACGGCGUUUAACACCACCUCCGGAAUUCAAAUAAACCACGAAGGGUUAGCGUUCGGAUGUGCGUUUAACGUCUCCGGCGCAGGCUUCAACGGGGCCCACGGAGUCAUGGGCCUGGGCCGCGGGCCCAUUUCCUUGCCCUCCCAACUGGGCCCCCGCUUCGGCAACAAGUUCUCCUACUGCCUGAUGGACUACACUCUCUCUCCUACUCCGACGAGUUACCUCGUGUUCGGCGGCGGCAAUGUCUCCGGCGCCGGUGAAUCGACGAUGAGGUAUACGCCGUUGCAAAUCAACCCUCUUUCGCCGACAUUUUACUUUGUUGCCAUCGAGAGUGUUUAUGUUGGCGGAGUGAAAUUACGCAUUAGUCCUUCGGUUUGGGCCGUUGAUGAGUACGGUAACGGAGGGACCGUGGUGGACUCGGGCACGACCCUGACGUUUUUAGCCGACCCGGGAUACGAGAAGAUCUUAACGGCUUUUAAACGGCGCGUUAAGUUACCGAGGCCAGAUGAGCCGACUCUGGGGUUUGAUCUCUGUGUCAAUGUGUCGGGCGUGUCGAGGCCUAGUCUACCCAGGGUGAGUUUUAGACUCGUUGGUGGCUCGGUGUUCGCUCCGCCUCCAAGGAAUUACUUUAUUGACACUGCUGACGGCGUUAAGUGCUUGGCGUUACAACCCGUUGGAUCGGCGUCGGGGUUCUCCGUGAUUGGCAACUUGAUGCAACAAGGGUUCUUGUUCGAGUUUGACAACGAUCGGUCGCGACUUGGUUUUUCGCGGCACGGUUGUGCCGUAACAUGACUCACUGAGUCAAAAGAUCAAUUUCUUAAGAUUUUUUUGUUACAUUUGAGAUUACGGGAGUAUUUGUUUUAACUUAGUAAUUAUGGCAUUGGUUGAAAUUAUGUUUCUGUUUGAAA